AUGCCACAAGUUAACGAUAAACAAGAAAUAGUUGGAAAAAACAAUUUAAUUAACAAUUGCGACAAAAAACUGCGAUACUAUCCGUGCAAAUAUCCCGUUCCCAAGUUUACGACAGCCUUCCUAUUCAGCCGAUGUCCGAUCGACAUCACACACGAACAUCUGCUCAGGCAAUGGGCAGACAAACAGUUUAGGGGAAGUCAGAUAUCGGCCAAAAUCUACGGGAAACUGGAAUCGGUAUCGUUGAUGCCGGCAUUCAUACUGCCCUACUGUCCCCGUGUGGAUAAAUACUAUACUAUGGUACAGAUGUUUAUGUAUUUUUUCAUACUCGAUGAUCACAACGAAGAAGAUUGGGGUCAGGCUAUCGAUUUGGUCAGUUGUCGCCGGGUAUGGGGUCAAGUGAUGGCACUGUUAAGGUCAAUCGGUACUGGCCGAUCGGCCGGGUAUUACGACCAAUUUCGGUCGUACGUUAGGAGCGGUUACGAAAUAUUUUACGAGAUUUACAGAUCGUAUAAUUCGGAUCAAUGGUUACGGUUUGUUCAGGUAUGGGAUGACUACUGUGCCGGCAAUGUCGAGGAACGGCAACUGUUUGACGAUAGGCACGGAUCGCCAGUUACGUUGAAUGAAAUACUUGAAAUACGUAAAAAAGCUGCCGGUGUUCGCACUUGUUUUGUUGUAUUAGAGUACUUACACGACUAUGUAUUACCCGAAACCGAUUGGCUCGACCCACGGCUACAACAGCUUAUGGAUCUAACUGUUUUGCAUAUACUCUAUGUUAAUGAUUUGUUUUCGUUUAACAAAGAGUUGGUAUCAGUGGGCAAACUGUUGGCCAAAUUGUCAACCGAUGGUACCAAUGGUUUAGAUUUAGUGGAUAUCAAUGAUAUCGACGAGUCGACUAUUUUGCGACAUAUGUAUAGCAAUACAGUUGCGGUGACGGCAGUUAACGAGGGCUGUAGUAUUCAAGAGGCUAUGCAAACAAUCAUUGAUAAAGUGAUUGAAUGCGAAUUGGAUAUCAUUAGGAUUGCCAAACAAUGGAUAAGUCCGGUAUCGGGUCAUCAACAACAACAAGAGUCCCGUUCCUGUCCCGUAGAUCCAGUGCCCUGUUGUUGGCAAACCAAAUCGUUUAUACUAUCGCUGAUAGCCCAGUGUUCGGGUAAUUAUAAGUCAAAUACGGUAACCGAUCGCUAUAUGGUUGUCGGCAGCACUAAAACCAUUGGCCAACACUUGACUUGGGAUUGA